GUUACCAGUCAAUACAUGUGGGCAGAGCCAAUCGUGGACUCGACUUCCGCAGACGCACCUAAAAACGUGAUUCGAUUCUUCUCGUUCUGCUGAUGUCUGGUUUAUCUUUUUUAUCGGAACUGGUCUCUGGCCGAUAAAUCAACUAGAUCUUCAUUUCAUUUCUCACCAAAAUCUGAUUCACAUUGCUUUAUUCUCCCUGCAAAAGAUUGUAUCUGCAGCUUGUAUUAAGCAAGUUUUGAUGGAGACCAAAUCUGUACAGCCAGGUAACACAAUCCCACUGCUCACUCCCUACAAGAUGGGAAAAUUCGAUCUUUCUCAUAGGGUUGUUUUGGCACCGUUAACAAGGCAAAGAUCUUAUAACAAUGUUCCUCAGCCUCAUGCCAUCUUGUACUACUCUCAACGAACCACUCGACGAGGUCUUCUCAUAGCUGAAGCCACUGGGAUUUCCAACACCGCUCAAGGGUAUCCAAUGACACCUGGUAUAUGGACAAAAGAGCAAGUGGAAGCCUGGAAACCUAUUGUUGAUGCUGUUCAUGCAAAGGGUGGGAUCUUCUUUUGUCAAAUUUGGCAUGUUGGGAGAGUUUCGAAUUCAGGUUUUCAGCCAAAUGGGCAACCACCAAUCUCUUGUACCGACAAGCCAUUGACCCCUCAAAUUCGAGCUAAUGGCGUUGAUGUUGCAGAAUUCACACCUCCAAGGAGGCUAAAGACAGAUGAAAUCCCCCAAAUAGUUGAUCACUUCAGAAUUGCCGCAAGAAAUGCUAUGGAAGCUGGAUUUGACGGAGUUGAGAUCCAUGGAGCUCAUGGCUACUUAAUCGAUCAGUUUAUGAAAGAUCAAGUGAAUGAUAGAACAGAUCAAUAUGGUGGAUCUCUAGAGAAUCGAUGCAGAUUUGCUCUAGAAGUUGUUGAGGCUGUCGUGAACGAGAUUGGAGCAGACAGGGUUGGAAUUAGGCUAUCGCCUUUUGCAGACUAUAUGGAAUCAGGAGACUCUAACCCAAAAGAAUUAGGUCUCUACAUGGCUGAGUCCUUGAAUAGAUCUGGGAUUCUUUACUGCCACAUGGUUGAGCCUAGAAUGAAAACAGUGAACGAAAAAUGCGAAUGCCCCCACAGUCUUCUGCCCAUGAGAAAGGCUUUCAAAGGUACUUUCAUUGUCGCAGGGGGUUAUGACAGGGAAGACGGAAAUAAAGCUGUAGCUGAGGACCGGGCGGACCUUGUUGCCUUCGGGCGAUUGUUCUUAGCCAAUCCAGAUCUGCCAAAGAGAUUUGAGCUUAAUGCUCCUCUAAAUAAGUACAACCGGCAUACAUUCUACACACCCGAUCCUGUAGUUGGUUACACUGAUUACCCAUUUCUUGAAACCCAAAAUUAGGCAGACGGAGGAGUUGAAUAUCCGCUUAUCUAGGGAAGAUGGAAACAAAGCUGUGGCCGUGAACCUUGCAGACUUUUUCCCUUGUGGUCACUUGUUCACUGGCUAAUCCAGAUUUGCAAAAGAGAUUCAAGCUUGGAUGCUCCACUGAAUAAGUAUAAGUGAUUCCACAAACAUGAUCCUCUAGUUGGUCACACUGAUUAUCCAUUUCUUGAAACCAAUUAUUAGGAGACUGGGGAAGACGGUACCUGAAAAACCUGAUUAUCCUCCCAGGCUUUAUAUGUGUCUGACUAUCGGUACUUCUAACUUCCUUCUUAUAUUGAAACAUCUUAUCUAUACAUCAUGUGUUGCAAUAAAGAAAAUGAUGCUAUGAAAGUAUUUUGUACCUUUUCACCAUUCCAGCAAAA